AGAAGACUGUGGGAUUCCUGAUGGACCAGGGAUAACGUUUAACACCCAAAAUAAACAUGGAUAAAAAGAAACCCUUCUCCGUAACAGCCUCAUCGCUGGUGGACCUAAAAGCUGAAUUAUACAGAAAACAGGAGCAGUUUAAGCAAGAAAAACUUGCUCAAGUAAGUGGUGGAGCUGGAAGCAAAUCCAAAGAGAAAGUUCCUACUAAGAAGCCUUCUGUGUGGAGUAAACAAAAUGCAGGCGUUUCAGCCAGAGCUCAGAAAGAUGCAGAGCAGUUGGCAGAGGAGCAGGACAACCUCAAUGCUGCAAGGCGUAAAUUGGAAGAAAAGGCAAAACUGUAUGAGCAAAUGUCCAAAGGAGAUUUCCCAGAUGAGGAGACCGAGGGGCUGUUUUUGGUUGACUUUACUCAGAAGAUCAUUGACAAAAAGAAGGAAACUCUCACGCAACAGGAGAGACAGAGGGAGAGCGAAAGAGAGAGGGAGCGAGAGAGGAAAGAAGAGGAGGAAGAAAGAGAAAGCACAUUACCGAUCCCUGCUCCCGAAAAUCCAGAUGAGGAAUGGGUGGACUAUGUUGAUUCUUUGGGACGAUCCCGAAGAUGCAUGAAAAAAGACCUGCCAAGUUUCAAGAGAAUGGAUUUGGAUUUGAAUACAGGAAAAGUGCCAGAUGAGCAGAAAACACUUCUUUCUGAGGACAUGCGCCGAGAGCUGCAGAGAAAGGAGUGGGAGAGAGAGGAAGAGGAGGCGAUGAAGAAGCCAGUGGGACCAGUCCACUACGAGGACAUCAGAGCACAAGAGGCGAGAGAGUUGGGAGUGGGGUAUUUCGCCUUUUCUCACGAUGAAGAGGAGCGACGCAAACAAAGGGAUACUUUGGACAUGCUCCGAGACCAAACGACGGAUCAGCGUAACAAACGUGAGCGCCUGAAGGAGAGGAGGCAGGCAGUUCUCCAGGCCCGACUCGCCAAAGUCCGACAGAGGAAGAAGAAGGCCAAACUUGACGGCACGGAAGAAGAAGAGGAGGCUGAGGAGGCGAAAGAACCAGAAGAAGAGGAGGCUGAGGCAUUGGAGGAGGACGUUCCGGAGGUGAGCAUCGUGAAGAAGGUGGAGGUGGAGAUCCAGGAACGAAGAGACACCAAACCUGGUGUGCCCUAUGUGCGAGAGUGGGACAGGGGCAAAGAAUUUAUGUUUGACGAAUGGAAAGACCGUCGCCGUAAAGAGCGAGAUUCAGAGUUUGCUCCUCCGUCUGCUUAUUUCAACGAAGACACCAACAAGCACAGACCAGGAAAAUCCCAAAAAUAUGACAAACCCUGGUCUAAAAAGCUUUUCAAAUCAACAAAAGAUACAGAAGCUCAACCUGAAACCAAACCAGAGGCUUCUCCUCCUUCAUCUCCGCCAUCAAAUAUGCCAAAAGUACAAGAUUUCCCCAAACAACCUCCAAAUGUUUCUGUACCACCACCAAGCUUUGCCCCUCCAAGAUUCACCCCAGGUCCUCCUCAAAGUUACCCCACAUCCGAGCCACUUCCUCCUGGGGUGUCAGCUCCAGUCGACCCUUCUCCCAUGAACUAUCAGUAUCCACGGGCUCCAUUUUGUCCUCCUUUCCCUCCUCCGUUCCCUCCUCCUCCUUUUCUACAUCCAAAUAUGCCAUACCCACCUCCACCACAAGGGCCAAUUUAUGCUCCGAAUUAUCAGCAGCAACAACCUCCGCCUCCUCAGCCUCCUCCACCCGGUGAGCAAGAACAGGCGAAAACUGGGAAUCCACAAAACCAAGAGUCUUCACAGAGUUUGGAUGAUAUACUGUCCUUCUAUAGAAAUACGACUUGAAAGUUAAAAUAGUGUUAGUUUAUUUGGUUAGUUGAAUGGGUUUAAUAACAAACUGAAUCGUGCAUUCAUUCAAUAAAUCCU